GAGCGUGCGUGAUGACGUAAUACGUAUGACGUCGCUCAGUUGUCGUUCAGCCCGAAACCAAAGCCAGUUAGCCGAAAGCUAACGGAGCUAAAGACGCGGAUUUUACGGAUAUAUAAUUUUGUGACUCUACGGGACUUCUUCUAACAUCAGUGAGCUUCAAACACGGUUUUAUUUUCUCUCCAGGAGAAAAAAUACAAGCUGAACCAUGUACAACGGGAUUGGCCUGACGACCCCGCGGGGCAGUGGCACCAAUGGUUACGUGCAGCGGAACCUGUCCAGCCUGCGGGUGAAGCGGCCGCGGGACGAGCGCGGAGGUGAACGGGACGAGAAGGACCGGGAGCGUCUGGAGAGUCAGCUCAACAGGCAGCCCAACACCGACAUCCUGGAGCACCAACGCAAGAGGCAGCUGGAGGUCAAAUGUGCCGAGCUGCAGGACAUGAUGGAGGAGCAGGGAUAUUCUGCUGAGGAGAUUGAAGAGAAGGUGAACAGUUUUCGAUUGAUGCUGCAGGAGAAGCAGGAGCCGCCUCCCUCUGCCUCCCAGAAACCAGCUGUGACAGAAACACACGCUCUGGCUGCAGCCAACCAACAGAAGAACGACCGUCUUCGCGCUGCUUUCGGUAUUUCCAGCGACUACGUGGACGGCUCGUCGUUCCACGCCGACAGGAAGGACAAGGAGAAGAGAGAACAGGAACGCCUGGAGAGGGAGCGGCUGCAGCAGCAGAAGUAUACUUUGGUGGAAGACUCAGACGGUUCAGAUUCUCCUCCCAAGAAGCGCAGUCGGAAGAAGAAAAAGAAAACCAAAAGCAGAGACAGUUCAGACAGUUCUUCAUCUCCUCAAAGAGACAAGAAGAAGUCCAGGAAGAAGAAGAAGAAGCUUGACUCAGCAGAGGAGGAGGACGACAGCUCCUCUGAUGACAACAAGAAGCUUUCUAAGAAGAAAAGAAAACAGAUUGAAAGUUCCAGUCCUCCAAAAACAAAGUCGGGUCGACGCAGGACUGACUCAUCCGGUUCAGGGUCCAGCGACCAGUCUCCACCUCCACCAAAGUCACACCUAAAGGAUCAAACUGGAAGAGAAACAGAGGGUAGAAAGGAGAAAUCUCCUGACAGGAGGAGGCGUGGCUAUGAGGAGCACAGCUCACAUCGUCAGGGAGGUGAACGGAUGAAACCCAGACAGAGGGAGGAGGAGAAGACCAGGAGGAGACAGGUCUCCUCCUCACCUUCUCCCGCUCCACAGAAAACCACGGAGAGGGAGAAAGGGAGAAGGUCUAGAAGUAAACAGAGAGAGAGGGAGAAAGGGAGGCACUCCAAGAGCAGGGAGAUGGAGAAAAGGAGGCGUUCAAGGAGCGUUGAAGUGGAGAAAAGGAGGCGCUCCAAAAGCAGGGAGAUGGAGAAAAGGAGGCGCUCUAAAAGCAGGGAGAUGGAGAAAAGGAGGCGUUCAAGGAGCGCAGAGGUGGAGAGAAGAGGACGCUCCAGGAGCCGGGAAAAGAGAGACAAAGGGAGGGAGAACUUACCUCAGAGGACCAGGCAUGACACCACCUCCUCUUCAUCCUCCUCCUCCUCAUCUCCUCCUCCUCCUCCUCCUCAACAGGAUACCAGGAGGGAAAGAACCAGAACCGCUGAGCGUGAAAAAGAGGAGAACAAGCAGCAGAGAAAGACGAGACGUGACUCUUUAUCUCCUUCACCUCCUCCUGAAAAAGAGAAGCCACGAGCGCAGAGGAGUGGAGAAAAGGAGCAAAUGAUUCAGAAGGAGAAUCACUCUGACUCACGAGCACUAAAUGACAGAGACAACAGGAAAGACACCACCAGGAGACAGGACCGAGGAGCGUCUCCUCACCAGCAGAGAAGUGACAAACGAACAGAUGGACCUCUGUCCCAGGUCUCCACGUCUCCUGUCCACACUGAACGCCAACAAGAGAGGGAACAGGAGAAACGACAAACAAAUGAAGACAGGCCUACAGGGGAGGACAGGUAUUUGGAGAAAGGAAAAGAACAAGGUGCUGGGAGAAGGAGGGAUGAGGUCCUGCCAUCUGCAGACAGAAGAGACAUGUCCAAACCUUUGGAGACAUCCCAGAGCAAGAGGACCGACAAACAUGAAGACAAGACCAAACAGGC